UUUCAUUCUUUUCUUGAUUCUUUAGCAACAUAAUUUAGAAAAGUUUAAUGGUGGGAACUCCCAAAUUAACAACCUUAUUGAAAAAGUGUUCAACUCUGAAACAAGCAAAAGAGAUCCAUGCUCACAUACUGAUCAAUGGACUUUUCCAUCUUGAACAACUCCUCAUCCAUCACAUUCUUCUCUGGAAUGUAACCAACUACAAAACUCUGGCACGCUAUGUCCACGUUGUUCUUCACCGUAUGCGCAACCCUGAUUCCUUCUCAUGGGGAUGUAUGAUUCGCUUCUUCUCCCAAAACGGUCCAUUCAUGGAAGCAAUUUCUCUCUAUGUUCAAAUGCAGAGGAUUGGCUUGUGUCCAACUUCACAUGCUAUGUCCUCUGCGCUUAAGUCAUGUGCUAAGGUUCAGGAUGGGUUUCAUGGUGUAUCAAUUCAUGGACAGGUUCAUGUUCUUGGGUUUAAUGCUUGUGUUUAUGUGCAGACAGCCCUUCUUGACUUGUACUCGAAAAUCGGUGAUGUGGGGACUGCACGCAAACUGUUUGAUGAAAUGUCUGACAGAAAUGUGGUUUCUUGGAACUCUAUGCUGUCUGGGUAUCUGAAAGCUGGUAACUUAGGCAAGGCUCAGGAAUUUUUUGAAGAGAUUCCUAAGAAAGAUGUUAUAUCUUGGAAUUCGAUGGUCUCAGGAUAUGCCAAAUCCGGAGAUAUGGAUUCGGCCUAUUCUUUGUUUCAACAAAUGCCAGAGAGAAACUUGGCCUCCUGGAACACAAUGAUCGGUGGUUUUGUUGUCUGUGGAAGCAUAGUGUCAGCAAGAGAAUUUUUCAAUGCAAUGCCGAUGCGAAACAAUGUGUCUUGGAUAACAAUGAUUGCUGGUUAUUCAAAGAGUGGGGAUGUUGAGUCUGCUCGAAAGCUCUUUGAUAAGAUGAAUAAAAAGGAUUUGCUUUUGUAUAAUGCUAUGAUAGCCUGUUAUGCUCAAAACAGUAGACCCAAGGAGGCCCUUGAACUUUUCAGUGAGAUGAUUAAACCAGAAAUCUAUGUGAAUCCAGAUAAGAUGACUUUGGCCAGUGCCAUAUCAGCAUGUUCACAAUUGGCAGAUCUAGAAUAUUGGUGUUGGAUUGAGUUACACAUGAGUGACUUUGGAAUUGUAUUGGAUGAUCACUUGAUUACUGCUCUAAUUGACUUGUAUGCGAAGUGUGGAAGCAUCGACCGGGCAUAUGAGCUAUUUCAUGGUCUGAAACAGAGGGAUUUGGUUGCAUACUCUGCAAUGAUCUACGGAUGUGGAAUCAAUGGAAGGUCAUCUGAUGCAAUCAAGUUAUAUGAACAGAUGCUUGAGGACUGUAUUCGGCCGAAUUUAGCGAUUUACACUGGACUCCUUACCGCUUAUAAUCAUGCCGGUUUGGUCGAAGAAGGUUACCAGUGCUUUAACUCCAUGAAGGAAAAUGGAGUUGUGCCUUCACUUGAUCAUUAUGGAAUCAUGGUUGAUCUAUUAGGGAGAGCAGGAUGGUUAAAUGAAGCUUAUAAUCUUAUAACAAACAUGUCAAUGCAACCAAAUGCUAGUGUUUGGGGAGCUCUUCUUCUUGCAUGCAGAGUACAUAACAAUGUGGAGCUUGGGGAAAUAGCUGUUCAGCACUGCAUUAAGCUGGAAAGUGAUGUAGCUGGUUAUUGUUCUCUCCUUUCUAGCAUAUAUGCUGCUGUUGGAAAAUGGGAUGAUGCCAAGAAGUUUAGAAUGAGUGAGGAAGGAAAGAUCACCAAGGUACCUGGUUGUAGUUGGAAAAUCUAAUUUUACUUACAUAAUUAGCUGUUUCUGUUUUUUACAUGCCAUUUUUUUUUUCCAUUAGUAAAUAUGUACAUGUAAAUCAUAUAUUAA